UUACAUACUAAAACCAACGAUUUUCAUGCGUUGUUUACACCUUAAAGAAUCCAUUUUUUAUAUUUAACAUAAAAACUGUUUGCAAAUUCCUUCCAAUGGAAUUUGUUGCUUAUUGCAUAUAAAUGUUCACAUAGCACGUGUGUUAAUUGCAAAAGAAGUUAUUAAAGCAAAAAAAAAAUAAAAUGUCUAUAGUCCCAUCUAGACACGAACUGAGAAAGGAAAACCAAGAGAACAUACAUCCCCAUUUAGCGUUGAAAGAGGAUGGUGUCAAGCAGAAUAUAGUUAGAAGAGGAGCCCUUGGGGAACUAGGAAACCAACUAAAAGACUUACACCCAGAAAAGGUUAAUAAUGAUAAGGCUACUAAACCAAAAGAGAAGGUUGCAGUCCAACUUGGGGGCAUAAAGAAAGUGGAUAAUAUAGCUUGUAAGGAAAACCUUGAGAGGAAAACUGUGAGAGAGAAACCAAACAAAGAGAGCGAUGAAUCACCCGAUAGCAACGACUACACUCACGACAUAAUGAAAUACAUGCAGCAACUUGAACUGGAUUUCCCGAUCAAGAAACGUUUUUUGACCGGCACUAAAGUGACAGCCUCGAUGAGGGCGAAACUUGUUAAUUGGUUGGUGGAUGUCCAUAAGAGUUUUGGUAUGGACCAUGAUACAUUGUUUUUGGCUAUUUCUGUUGCGGAUAGAUAUUUACAGGUUAAUAGAACAGUAGACCGCACGCAGUACCAACUAGUCGGUACCGCCGCUCUAAUGUUAGCCGGAAAAUUCAUAGACGUGUAUCCGCCAUCUCUAGAAGAUUACUUAUACGUGUGCAACGACGCAUUUAACAAAAAACAACUGUUGCAAAUGGAAGUGAGCUUAAUAAAAAGUCUCGAUUUCCGUCUCGGGUUUUCGAUCCCGAUAUUCUUCUUGAGGCGUUAUUGCAAAUUGGCCGAGGUUACCCUUGAGGAGUACCAACUGUCCAAAUACAUUUUGGAACUCGCUCUGUUGGAAUAUUCUGUGGCACACGUCAGACCGUCGAUACAAGCCGCGGCGGCCGUAUGUUUGGCCCAGGCCAUUUUCAAUGAUUCCAUGACUCCCGGUCUGACCUAUUGGACUCCGGUUUUCGAACGGGUUACCUCGUAUACUUAUGCGGAUUUUAAGCAUGUUUUGCACGAGUUCGCUUGUAUCGUUAACCGGGCCAAGACCGCCAAAGAUAACGUAGUCAGGGAGAAAUACGCCUCCAGUAAAUUGAUGAAAAUUAGCACGAAUUUAAGACUGCAGGGUAAAUUGAUUAAGAAGUACGCAGCGAUACCCGUGAAGCACGAGAUGUUUUAGGUUAAAUGUGACUGUCUAGAUAUAUUUUAAUUUACAACCUAUUUUAUGUUGGUAUUAUUUUAUUUAUAUUUUAUAAGUGUGAUUCUUAGGGAAAAAGAAGUGUAAUUAAGUGAGUGACGAUAGGAUAACUGUAACUGUUAGAAACGAUUUAUGUACUGUAGUAUAUUAGGUUUAUAUAAAUAUUGAACAAUUCUGAAUAUGUUAGGGUGAGAUUUUACAUAAGCUUUACCAAUAAAUAUUAUAUUUUUCAA